AACGUCGACCUCCGGAACUUUUCUUUUGUGCAACAAGCCGUCUGUGCUUACAGUUCGUUGGAGCAAAGCCAAUCACUUCGUCGAUUGCGAGCAGUCAGGGUUACAAACUGCUUGCUUAGCCGCACAGAACGACUAUGUGUGUGGUAACCUCUAAUUCGAGGGUCAAUGGCUUGUCAAGACAUACACUGCAACUGCAGCAAUAGAAAAAUCCAGUUUAUCCGAAUUUAAAUCAAGUGCAAGCAUAUAGAGAGGACUUUUUGCUUAAAUAAACGACAAAUCUGAUCACCAUUGGAGAUCGGGAAAAAACAACUCCGCCGGCCGGGAAUAAGGACUUUGGAGCCCGCCGAUUCGCCAUGACGCAAACUGUACCUGAUACCUCAGCUUACGUAAAGGAAGCACUGUCAUUGGUCUGCGAAGAUAAUUCACUUUUUGACGUUUUUCAACAUUCCCCAACUUUUAAACCAAGCAACGAAACCCGGUCACUGCUGCUAAAAGAAAUCCCUUCACCCUCAAACGUCAUCCCAAGCUCUCCCUCUGUUCUGACGUCAUUAUCGUCUACGGCAUCAGUGUCGUCAUCAGCGUCGUCACCAGCAAUAAUGGGCACGUCCCCGGGUUUUCCCAUGAACCCAAUGGCUGAUAUGGAAAGUUACAAUGCUCAGUUCUACCCUAGUUGGGGCCAACAACAAGCAGGCAGCCCCAUGAUGCAAACUUACGAUUCUACAACUAAUUACGCAACGCCUCCACUCAACUACCCGUGCAAUGCAAUGUACGGAGUGAAGACAGAAAGAUGCGACGGUGCUGGAUUUGAUCAAGUCAACCCACAAGCAGCAGGGCACCCUCUUCCUCAAAGAUCACUGCAUCCAAAUAAAAUAAGCAACGGGUCAACUUUCCCAACCGCUCCUGCAUCCGGAACUCCGGGAGAAGAUCCGAGAUCAUCAACAGAUGGUUUCUCAACAUCCGAAGGAAACAAAAAGAACAAAAGAGUUCUUGUGCCCGCAGACCCUUUAAUUUGGAGUCCAUGCCACGUCACUGCAUGGUUGGAAUGGGUGGUAAAUGAAUACGGUCUCCAUCAUAUUGAUCUCACCAAGUUUAGCUCUGUUACUGGGACCGAACUAUGCCGAAUGAAUGUUGAAGACUUGACAAGAUACACGACAAGAUAUAACAGCGAGGUUCUUGUCCAACACCUUAAGUUUCUAAAGCAGGCCGCAUUGCACCAACUGCCAGUUAUAAAAUCCGAAAAACUCGGGACGAUGUCGUCUCCACUCACCAUCGAAGAUUACAGAGCAAUUUACCAAGGAUCGGAAUCAUCUGGUGAAAAACUCUCCGUCGAAGAAACUUACAACCUCCUUGGUCCACUAUGCAGCAGACUUUGCAAGCAAGGCGGUGGUCAGAUCCAACUGUGGCAGUUUCUUCUCGAGUUAUUGAGCGAUCCAGCGAACGCAACUUGCAUUACAUGGGAGGGAACGAGUGGAGAGUUUAAAAUGGUGGAUCCGGAUGAGGUGGCUCGUAGAUGGGGAGAGAGGAAAAGCAAACCCAACAUGAACUAUGAUAAAAUGAGCCGAGCACUCAGAUAUUACUACGACAAGAACAUAAUGACGAAGGUUCACGGCAAGAGAUAUGCUUACAAGUUCGACUUCCAUGGUCUCGCACAAGCAAUACAAGUCACAAACAACUCUGAUAGAUACGGUUAUACUUACACACAGACACCUCGUUUACCAAGCUAUGCCGAGUCAAUGAAGAACUCUUACUCCACUUCGGACACAGAGUCAUCAUCCGCUCCAAGCUUCCACCUUCCAACCCCGGAUGACUCCGUCUUUCCUCAACAUCCAUUCUCCAGCUCCGGACACCUUCCUCCUCAAAUCUACCCGCCUCAUUCCUCCGAAUACAAUGAGCGUCACUCCUGGUCGGAGCACUCCGCUUCCGGUUACUAUAGCAACGGGUAUGAAGCGCCUCCAAGCAUUGGUGAAAUCUCCUCAGCAAGAAGCACUUCCUCUGCAGGUGGGUCCGCCGGGGACUUUCCUGACACCCCCUACAACUUCCACCCUCCAAACAAUUUCGCCCCAUACACAGUACCCCCACAGAAUAUAUCUUCCAAUCCUGUGACAACGUCCUACUAUUCCACACCGGGACAGUUUGCACCGUCUUCUUACGAAACACCUUAUUCUUCGACCAUGACGUCGCACAAUAUGACGUCACAACCAAUGACGUCACCGACAAACAUGUACACUUGCGGCCAAGAGGCGUAUUCGGUCGCUCCUGCAGGCUCGCUACAGCAAAACGCGUAUCACAAACCUCUAGAACAGAUAAACAUAGAUUCUGGUGUUUUAUACUGAACAUACCAUAGACAAUAUCUUCAUGAGCUUCUCCACAUACUUAUUUUCUUGGUGUUUAUUUAACGGUUAAACACAAUACAUUUAGUUACAUAGUUCCAAAUAACCUUCAGGCAUCCUACGCACUGUGCAAUUCAAAGUUCAGACUCGUAUAGGUCUGUUCCUAUUUAACUGCUACAUAUUGUAAAUAUUCUGCUUCAGCAGUCCCCUAAAGCACAAUCAUUAUACGUCUUCAAGCGAGUUCUAUGUAAGCUGUCUUUACAUACUUUCUUCAAUUAUUGCGGUUACGUAUUUAUGCAUUUUACAAUGUCAUUGCGACGUUGGUUUUCGCUUAUUUUNACAGUGCGGGCACUGCUAAAAUACACAUUUCGUUUUUUAACCCCGAAAAUAAUGUUAUUUUCCCCCUAACAGCAUAAGCGCGAUUUUCCCGUACUGUCCAUUUAAAAAAAAAUGGAAAUCAGCUUCCAUAAUGACAUAUAUUAUAGUAUGAUAGAUCAUUUCAUGUUUUUUGAACGGGCCUAUACAAACUUCAUACUUUUCUAGAAUUGCGUCUUUUUACUGCUACGUUUUCUUCGCUUUUUAAUUUUCAAUAAAAAGACGAAAAAUGCAAAAAAAA